GAAGGGCGCAUGGAGGCGGGCACGGCCGAGCUUUAAAAGUCCCCGCUGGGACGAGCUCAUUUCCGCGUCACCCCGGCGUCCUCAUGGCCCCCACGGUGCCGCUGGCUGUCCUGGCGCUGGUGGCCCUGGUGGCCCCGGGACUCGGGGUGGCCCCCGGCUGUGAUUACCCUGCCCACCGCUGGUGCAGCUCGCGGGACGCCGCCGUCGCCUGCCAGGUGGAGAGCAGCUGCCCCAGCCUCCCGCGCCCCGCGGCCGCGCCCGUGGAGCUGGGCCUGUACUACGAGAGCCUGUGCCCGGCGUGCCGCGAGUUCCUGGUCAUGGAGCUCUUCUCCACCUGGCUGCUGCUGCCCGAAGAGAUGCUCGACAUCACCCUGGUGCCCUAUGGCAACGCCCAGGAGAGGAACGUCAGUGGGAGGUUGGACUUUGAGUGCCAGCACGGCCCCGAGGAAUGUUUGGGCAACAUGAUCGAGGCCUGUCUGAUGCACGAGGCCAAGAACUUCAGCACCUACUUCCCCAUCAUCUUCUGCCUGGAGUCGGGCAGCUCCGUCACCAAGAACCUGGAGGCUUGCCUGCAGAUCUACGCCCCGGAGCUGGACAGCGGCCGCAUCGCCGCCUGCGUGCGGGGGGACACGGGGGUGGCCCUGAUGCACCGCAACGCCCAACUCACCGAGGCCCUGGACCCCCCCCACCAGUACGUGCCCUGGAUCACCGUCAAUGGGAAGCACACGAACGAGCUGCAGGCACAGGCACAGGCCUCGCUGCUGGGGCUGGUUUGCCAGCUCUACCAGGGGGAGAAGCCCGAAGCCUGUGGGGGCUCAAAGGCCCCGAAGAUCCCAGCUGGCUGCAGGCGCUGAGGGAUGUGGGAGCACCGAGAGAGAGGCCAAUAAAAAGGAUAUUUUUUUUGAAAAACA